AUGGAUCGUGCUGGACUCAAUUCGACCUUUCGACCAAUCAGCAGCGGCUAUAGCCCCACUCCCAAGAGUCCAUCCCCCAAGAGUCCCAUCACAGCCACUGUGCCCUACAAUAACGGCAACUCCAGACCUACGUACAACAAUCCAGCAGGCCUGUAUUCACACAAUAACGGAAAUGGUGCCCUACCGAAGCAGAUGGCAGGCCUCAGCCUGGGCUCCCCUCACAGUUUCAGCCCUGAACUGCCAGUGAAUUCAUCAGGCAACCCCAACGGUUUCGACACGCAGUCAGACGUCUACAGGAUGCUUCAGGACUAUGAGGAACCUGUGUCAGCUCCCAAACAAUCUGGCUCCUUCAAAUACCUGCAGGGAAUCCUGGAAGCUGAGGAUGGGGGGGUCUCACCCGUGGACAGACAUGGGGUCAGAGGCUUGCGUUCCCCUGUCAAAUCCCCAGUGCCAAAGCUGGGCAGCCCCAUUACGGCUCCUCUGGCACCCAUCCCCGGCUUACAGAAGCUGCCGCAGUGCACACGCUGCGCAAACGGCAUUGUGUAAGUGGGACGUUGUGCUUCUUAUCGUUUUAUUUAAAUACAUAGAGAAAAGCCCCCAAAUGAACAUUUAGUAAGACAUUAGAGAGUAUUGCAUAGACAUAGCAAAUGACUUUGGAAGCCCAUGUGUUUGUUUCCAUAUCUUUUAUACACGAGCCUACAAGCUUUAACUUGCUGUCAAUGAAAGACUUUAACAAUAGUGGCACGUUCAUUGAGUAUGUAAUUGUU